CCAGGGAUAGGCAAGCCUCUCUACCCUGGGCAGUAGCGGCCGGCCGACUCCAGCCUGCUCAUUGGCCCUGUCUGCAGUGACGUCGUGGGGAUCGCAGACAGAACCCUCAGCGCCCGGCGCGCGGGAGGUAUUGUCCGUCACUGGGGCUUUGUUACGUCGUCGCCUCCUCACCUGGCUGCGGGCGCGUCCUGGCAGCUGCAGCCCGGAGCUGGGUGCCAGCUGCUGCGGCCGCCGCCUCCGCCAUGGUGUCCCCGGUCACUGUGGUGAAGAGUGAGGGACCCAAGCUGGUGCCCUUCUUCAAAGCCACUUGUGUGUAUUUUGUGCUCUGGCUGCCCUUGUCCAGCCCAUCGUGGGUCAGCGCCCUCAUCAAGUGUCUGCCCAUCUUCUGCCUCUGGCUCUUCCUUCUGGCCCACGGCCUAGGAUUCCUGCUGGCCCACCCCAGUGCCACCUGCAUCUUUGUGGGGCUCGUCUUCUCUGCUCUAGGUGAUGCCUUCCUCAUCUGGCAGGACCAGGGCUACUUUGUGCACGGUCUGCUGAUGUUUGCUGUGACCCACAUGUUCUAUGCCUCGGCCUUUGGCAUGCGGCCAUUGGCUCUUCGGACAGGUCUGGUGAUGGCAGUACUGUCGGGCCUGUGCUAUGCCCUCCUCUACCCAUGCCUCACAGGUGCCUUCACCUACCUGGUGGGGGUCUAUAUGGCCCUUAUCAGCUUCAUGGGCUGGCGGGCUGUGGCAGGGCUACAGCUGGUUGGGACUGCCUGGCGCUGGACUGAGCUGGCGGCGGGCAGCGGUGCACUGCUGUUUAUUGUCUCAGACCUGACCAUCGCCCUCAACAAGUUCUGCUUUCCUGUGCCCUACUCGCGGGCCCUCAUCAUGUCCACCUACUACACCGCCCAGAUGCUCAUCGCCCUGUCAGCUGUCGAGAGCCGGGAGCCAGUGGAAGACUACAGACCGAGCAAGGCCAAAUGAGGGGUCAGGUUCUGGUCACCCCUCUCUUCUCCUGGCGCUGGGGUCCAGAACCUGGGAACUUCCAAGAGCUGGAUCAGGAUGGCUGUAGUACCAGCCUGGGGCAGCAGGUACCACCUGUGAAAUGCACAAGUUUGAGGGGAUAAGCAGCAAAAGGAUCUUUCUAGCAAAGCUAGUGGUCCAGGACAAUGCUGAGAACUAAAAAGAGCCAGCUUGAUGCUCCUUGCUGGAGCCAGAAGAAGAUAUCUCCCCACCUCUACCCCAUGCAGACUGUCAGAGCCCCUCCGGAGGGCCAUGGUGCUCAUCCUCUUAACCUCCCCUACUUCUACUAGAUGGAAGAGUCUAACUCACCCACUUCCAGUCUUUCUGAUUUGCACAGAGUUGAGGGAGGAGGGGAAGAGUCUGUGCUGAGAUGACCCACGUCCAGGGCUUGAAGCCCCCUUUCACAGGCCCCUAGUUGGGAAGAUUGGAUGGGGUGGAGUCUCCCUUUCCCACAUCUAUCCUUGUUACUUGAACAAUCUUAAUCUCUAAGUGUUGGGUGGGAAGGUGAAGGGGUGUCUAUCCAGGUAGGCAAGAUUGGGGACUACUUUGGCCUGGGAGUUUAGGGUACCAAGGAUUCAAGUUGGUCCCAUAUCUCAAAGGCCAUCCCAGAACUCAGGCCCCACACUACCACCCUCAGACCCUAUCCCCAGGGCUAGGGUGAACCACGCCAAAGGAAGGGGCCAGCCUGUGUGUGUGCGUCUGUAUGUGAGUCUUGUGUGUGUAGUCUGUCUCCCAGUCUAUCUAUGUCUUACUCUGCCAGCUGUCUCUGACCUGCUGUGUGUCAAAGUCUUUUAGGGAGAGGGCCUCAGGGAGCUGCUGAGGGGUUGCUGAGCUUGGCUCAGAGAGCUGGAACGUCCCCCACAUACACACCCACUCUCAGGUCUUUCCUCCUUGCCCCUCCUGCACUGGGAGUGAGAGGAGGGGGCUCCAGUGACACUCUAGGGUCAUAAGACCCGAGGCACAUUCAAUGCAAGGGGAGCAAGGAUGGGACAACUCCAUCCGAUUGCUCGUGUGAAAAAAAAUAAAAAAUACCCAAGGGCCAUUGGCUGCUCUGCUUGUC